GCAAGAAGAGAAACCCUGGGCUGAAAAUUCCUAAAGAAGCAUUUGAGCAACCACAGACAAGCUCCACGCCACCCAGAGAUCUAGACUCUAAAGCCUGCAUCUCUAUUGGUGAGGAGAACUUUGAGGUGAAGGCUGAUGACCUGGAGCCCAUCUCCGAGCUGGGACGAGGUGCGUACGGGGUGGUGGAGAAGAUGCGGCACAUGCCCAGCGGGCAGAUCAUGGCAGUGAAGCGGAUCCGAGCCACAGUCAACAGCCAGGAGCAGAAGAGGUUGUUGAUGGAUCUGGAUAUCUCCAUGAGGACAGUAGAUUGUCCCUUCACCGUCACCUUUUAUGGGGCACUUUUCCGAGAGGGAGACGUGUGGAUUUGUAUGGAGCUGAUGGAUACCUCACUGGACAAAUUCUACAAACAUGUCAUUGACAAAGGUCUGACGAUUCCUGAGGACAUCUUGGGGAAAAUUGCUGUCUCUAUUGUAAAAGCACUAGAACAUCUGCACAGUAAGCUCUCCGUGAUCCACCGAGAUGUAAAGCCCUCUAACGUGUUGAUCAAUACGCAGGGGCAGGUGAAAAUGUGUGAUUUCGGCAUUAGUGGUUACCUCGUUGACUCGGUUGCUAAAACCAUGGAUGCAGGAUGCAAACCCUACAUGGCUCCUGAGAGAAUUAACCCGGAGCUGAACCAGAAGGGAUACAGCGUCAAAUCCGAUAUCUGGAGCCUGGGCAUCACCAUGAUUGAGCUGGCCAUCCUGCGCUUUUCCUACGAAUCCUGUUGGGGGACACCCUUCCAGCAGCUCAAGCAGGUGGUGGAGGAGCCGUCGCCGCAGCUCCCAGCGGAGAAGUUCUCAGCGGAGUUCGUCGAUUUUACCUCGCAAUGGUAA